AUGCCAUCGUCAAUUAUUAAUAUGGAUUAUAUACGUGAAAAAUCUAAAAAUGAAAUUAAUCAUUCUAAUGACCAUGAAGAUAAUUCAGAGUCUUCCCUAUGCAAAUCUUCUCGACGAUCAGUGGUUAAAGGUCAGCAGUUGAAAAUUACCAGUAUGUUUUCAACUAAACGUAAUAGAAGUCCAGAUGAACUAUUAGAGAUUACUAAAUUGAAAAAAGUCAAAAUGGAUGAUACUACAAUAAAAUGGAGCGACAAUGGAGUGCAAAAAGAGCACAAAGAAGUUGUAAACUGUUCUGAAACUUCAACUGAAGACAAACUUUGUAAUCUAAAUAUGGAUAACUGUGAUGAUGUUAUAAGAAAAGCUUAUAAUGAAGAUGAAAAAUUAUGUAAAGCAAAAUGUAAUGAGAUAAAUGUGAAUAAAAGUUCAAAACAAGAGGAUGUAAUAAUAAAACAAAAAAAUAAUAAUACACCAGACUUGGAAAAAUGUGAUAUUUGUGGACAAUUUCUAAAUAAUUCAGACAUUUUAUUCUAUCAAGGACAUCCUCAAGAUGCAAUAGAAGAAUUCAUAGCCCUCACUAAUGAAAAAUUGGUUCUGGCUUCGGGUGAAGAUGGAGACAUAAUGGAAAGGCCACAAACAAAUAUUACAGGAUUUUCUAUAUUUGAUGAACAAGGCCACUUAUGCCCUAUUGACGGUGGCCUUGUGGAGAGUGAUGUAAGGAUAUACAUGUCAGGGUACCUCAAAUCAAUAUGCUCUGAAUCUCCUGAUAUUGAUGAAGAAUCUAUACCAGUUAAAGAUGUUGGACCUAUCAUAGAAUGGUUUAUACAUGGCUUUGAUGGUGGAUCAAGAAAUUGUAUCACAUUAUCAACAGAAUUUGGAGAAUACAAUCUACUUAAACCAAGCGCAGAAUACACACCACUUAUGAAUAAUUUGUAUGAAAAAAUAUGGCUUAGCAAAGUAGUAGUGGAGUAUUUAGAAGAAUAUCACUAUUUGCAACCAACAUAUGAAGACUUGCUGGAAGUAGUGCGAGAGCAUUCCAUACCCGAUCUAGACAAUAUUAACAUGACCGAAGAAAUGUUGCACAAGCACGCUCAGUUCGUUUGCGAUCAAGUCGUGAGCUUGGAGACCGACGAGGAUGCCGAGCCUAUGAUCACGUUGCCGUGUAUGAGGGAACUCAUCAAAUUGAUGGGUAUUAGAUUUGGCAAACGGAAAGUCCGUGCCAAAAUAGACUACAAGAAAAUUGAUAAGAAAGCGUGGACGAAAGCCACUACUACUCCUCUAGUGAGAAAAACCUUCGAGAGCUUUUUCACUAACCAGCUAGACAAGACCAAUCAAGAAUUAGUUUUGAGGAGAAAAAGGUGUGGAAUAUGCGAGGCUUGCCAAUUGCCGGAUUGCGGGGAGUGCAAUGCGUGCCGCGCCAUGCCCAAGUUCGGGGGACACGGCCGUACCAAGAAGGCCUGCGUGCGGCGCCUCUGCCCCAACAUGGCUGUGCAGCAAGCCGAUGACUCCGACCUCGAUGACGAUGAAGAUGCGCCUGCCGACAAGCGCCACCUCGACAAGAUCGACGACACCGUCCCAGUAAAGUUGACAGGGGCCAACAAUAAGACAGUCAAUUGGCUCGGCGAUCCCAUCAAAGCGGACACCACUAAAAUAUACUACGAGAGUGUCGAAAUAGACGGUGCCGAACUCAAAGUAGGAGAUUUCGUCAUGGUGGAAACGUCGCAGCCGAAUAUACCGGCGCUGGUUGCGAGAGUUACGUAUAUGUGGAAGGAAAUUAUAAACCCCAAGUCUGGAUACUUUCACGCGGAAGUGUUUAUACGUUCAUCGGAUACUGUUCUAGGAGAGGUCGGUGACCCGCGGGAAGUGUAUUUGGGCGAUAGAUGCUGUCACGGCGCUCCUUUGUCUUCGAUAUUAAGAAAAGCGUGCGUGGAGAGAAGGGAACCGCCUAAAGACUGGUUCAGGCUAGGCGGUAAAGAAGUGGUUGAAGAAUUCUUCGAAGACGAUGGCAAAACAUACUUUUAUCAAAAAUACUAUGAAAGAUUUACGGCUCGGUUCGAGGACCUUCCGACUGAUCCAGAGUGUCCAAAUGAAUUAAGAAAGCACAGAUUUUGCCCCUCGUGUGAACGAAAAACAAAACGUGAUGCUAAAGAUAUUCCAAAAGUUUCAGGCAAAAUAUUGGAAAAAUCGUCUAUUGUAGACGCAAAUAGAACUGAAUGGACGACGGUCAAGUGGAGGGAUUUUGAUUAUAAGAAAGGAUGUGGAGUAUUCCUAAAGCCGGGUACAUUCAAACUGAAGAACAAUAUAACAAAUUAUAGUGAUAAUGAAAAAAUGAAACUUGAAAAGGUUGAUGAAGACAUUUAUCCAGAAUACUAUAGAAAAAGUGAUAAUUAUUUACGGGGUUCUAAUAUGGAUACCGGCGAGCCAUUUUGUGUCGGUUACAUAGCAGCCGUUACUGCCGCUGGAGCAGGUCCUCUAAUAGUCCCCCAAGACAUUUACUUAAAAGUGAAUGUUUUAUACAGACCUGAAAACACUACCAGUAGAUUUCCUCAUCACGAAGACCUCAACGUUGUUUAUUGGAGCGAGGAAUUAAAGGAAAUAUCGUUUUCUACCGUCAUGGGGCCGUGCCAUCUGAUCUACGUAGAUAACAUUCCACAGCAGGACCACAUUCAAGAUUGGCUGGAAAGGGACCCGAAUAGAGUCUACUUCCGAAUGGCGUUUAACAAAUCGAGCGGUCAGUUCGAAGACGUUCCGCAACAUGCGAGGUGUGUAGGACGAGUGGACAAAGGAAAAGGCAAGGGCAAAGGAAAAUCUAGCAAAGCGGCGGAAUCGAGUACGAAGAUCGAAGAAGUUAAAAUCAGGCCACUGAGAACCCUAGACGUGUUCGCCGGCUGCGGCGGGCUGUCCGAGGGGCUGCACCAGGCCGGCGUGGCGGAGUGCCGCUGGGCCGUGGAGAACGUGGAGGCGGCGGCGCACGCCUACGCGCUCAACAACCGCGCCUGCACCGUGUUCAACGAGGACUGCAACGCGCUGCUGCGCGACGCCAUGGCCGGCGCCUCGCACAGCGCCGCCGGCCUGCGCCUGCCCGCGCAGGGCGAGGUCGAGCUGCUCUGCGGCGGCCCGCCCUGCCAGGGCUUCUCCGGUAUGAACAGGUUCAACUCUAGGGAGUACUCCAACUUCAAGAAUUCUCUCGUCGCCUCAUAUCUGUCUUUCUGCGACUUCUAUCGCCCAAAAUACUUCAUUCUCGAGAACGUGAGGAAUUUCGUCGCUUUCAAGAAGGGCAUGGUGUUGAAGUUGACGCUGCGGGCACUGCUGGACAUGGGCUACCAGUGCACGUUCGGCGUGCUACAGGCCGGCAACUACGGGGUGCCACAGACGCGGCGACGGCUGGUAGUGCUGGCGGCGGCGCCGGGCCGUGCGCUGCCGGCCUACCCCGAGCCCACGCACGUGUUCAGCCGGCGCGCCUGCUCGCUGGCCGUCAGCGUGGACGGCAAGCGCUUCGCGACCAACGCGCGCUGGGAGGAGUCGGCGCCGCGCCGCACGUGCACGGUGCGCGACGCCAUGGGCGACCUGCCGCGCGUGCCCAACGGCGCCAGCCGCGCCGACCUGGACUACGGCGGCAUGCCGGCCACGCACUGCCAGCGCCGGGCGCGCGCGCGCGACGACGCGGCGCGCCUGCGCGACCACGUGUGCAAGCACAUGGCGCCGCUCGUCCAGGCGCGCAUCGCGCGCGUGCCCACCGCGCCCGGCUCCGACUGGCGCGACCUGCCCAACCUCUCCGUCACGCUCUCCGACGGCACCAAGUGCAAGGCGAGU